AUGUCGGACUCGUCAUCCAACUUGAAUCCGGAUGGAACUGAAUUUCCAGACCCUAAUGACGUUCCACCGCCGUCUGAGGAUCAAUUGACUGAAGAGGAUCUUUUCCGAAUGCGUUCAUUGACCAUCAACUCUAAAAAAGGAUUAUCAGUGGUGGGCGGAGCCAGUGAGACAGCUGAUCAAUCGAUCAUUUCUCUCGCCGAUUCUACAUCGAACUUCGAUGAACAUGUUGGAGACGACGCCGAGUUGGACUAUGAGCUUGAACAAGCUCCAGAAGCUACUGAAGAUGGAUCUGUCGUUAAUAAUCCAGUCUGUGGAGGAUAUCAUUUCGGGCGCAAGAGAGCUCUCGACUUCGUUCCGAAUGUCAACACAGUCACAAUUCUUAAAUGGCCUACCAACUUGGGGAUUCCACAACGCAAUCCUGUUCUAAACGAUUCUGACGCAGCAUGGAAACAAGCUAUGGAAGAUUCAACUGUGUAUCUCAUCGGAACUGCUCAUUUCUCAAAGGAAUCUCAGGAAGACGUCUCCAAUACAAUUCGUGCUGUUCAGCCAGAUUUCGUUAUGCUUGAAUUGUGCCCAUCAAGAAUUUCUAUUAUCUCAAUGGACGAGGCUAGACUUCUGAGCGAAGCUAAGGAUUUGAACUCCCAAAAAAUUAUCCAGACGAUAAAACAGAAUGGUGCAAUUCAAGGAAUUCUUCAUGUUCUUCUUCUCUCUAUGUCUGCUCAUGUGACACGCGAAUUGUCAAUGGCUCCGGGUGGAGAGUUCCGUGCUGCUCAUCGUGCUGCAGUAGCUACUGAAAACUGUCGUGUUGUUCUCGGAGAUCGUCCAAUCCAAGUCACACUUCAACGUGCUCUCGCAUCACUUUCCAUUUGGCAGAAAAUCAGAUUCUUCUUCCACGUUGCUUUCUCUCAUCGUGAAAAGAUUACUGCUGAAGAGGUUGAAAGGUGCAAACAAAAAGAUCUUCUUGAGCAACUUCUUGCGGAAAUGGCGGACGAUUUCCCACAGCUCUCACAAAUUUUUGUUGAGGAACGUGAUGCAUACAUGACGCAUGCUCUUCAUAUGCUCGUUCUUCGUAAUGCUAUCGAGAAACGGGCUCAAUGGCUUCGUGGAACCACUGGGCAACCAUAUCAGCCAUUGACAAUUGUCUCAGUUGUUGGAAUCGGACAUACACCCGGAAUCGUUAAUAAAUGGAACACCAACAUCGACUUUGAUCCAUUGAUGGUUGUUCCGCCACCAAGUCUCGGAACCAAAGUGUUCGCAACAGGUGUCCGAAUCGUUGUCUGGGGAUCGCUCGGAUAUCUCGCUUAUCGUGGAGGACGUGCCAUUUUCAAUCGCGUCAGCACUCUCAUUGAGUCUCGUUGGUAA